GGGCCCUCUCUGCGCCUCUAGGCGCAUAGCACCGGGAGGCGCGUCACUGCGAGGCCGGCCUCCGCUCGCUUCUCUCCCUCCCGCCUCUCCGCUUUUAAGCUAUCCAGCCAGGGGAGGCGGAAAAGCAGCCGGACGCGGCAGCUACCCUGCCCCCGCCGGCCGGAGGUGCGGUCCGUAGGCCCGGGAGCCCAGGCGGGCCCCUGGGGAGUCCGCACCGCUCUCGGAGAGCUGCAAGACUCGCCCCUUCCUGGCGCAGAGGGCGCGGAGGAAGUACUGAGGUUGGGCCCAGGUGAAAGGAGGCCAGGAGAGACAACGUCCCAGGUCCACAGGACAUAGGAUGCCUGAAGAACUGAAGAGAGGAACCUCCUUGUGAAACCGAGCAAAGAUAUUCCUGGUGAUCCUGGAAGAGUUUGUAUCAUGGAAUCAAUAUCUAUGAUGGGAAGCCCUAAGAGCCUUAGUGAAACAUUUUUGCCUAAUGGCAUAAAUGGUAUCAAAGAUGCAAAGAAGGUCACUAUAGGUGUAAUUGGAAGUGGAGAUUUUGCCAAAUCCCUGACCAUUCGACUUAUCAGAUGUGGCUAUCACGUGGUCAUAGGAAGUAGAAACCCUAAGUUUGCUUCUGAAUUUUUUCCUCAUGUGGUAGAUGUCACCCAUCAUGAAGAUGCUCUAACAAAAACAAAUAUAAUAUUUGUUGCAAUACAUAGAGAACAUUAUACCUCCCUGUGGGACCUGAGACAUCUGCUUGUGGGUAAAAUCUUGAUUGAUGUGAGCAAUAACAUGAGGAUAAACCAGUACCCGGAAUCCAAUGCGGAAUAUUUGGCUUCAUUAUUCCCAGAUUCCUUGAUUGUCAAAGGAUUUAAUGUUAUCUCAGCUUGGGCACUUCAGUUAGGACCUAAAGAUGCCAGCCGGCAGGUUUAUAUAUGCAGCAACAAUAUUCAAGCUCGACAACAGGUUAUUGAACUUGCCCGUCAGCUGAAUUUCAUUCCCAUUGACUUGGGAUCAUUAUCAUCAGCCAGAGAGAUUGAAAAUUUACCCCUCCGACUAUUUACUCUCUGGAGAGGGCCAGUGGUCGUAGCUAUAAGCCUGGCCACAUUUUUCUUUCUUUAUUCCUUUGUCAGAGAUGUGAUACAUCCAUAUGCAAGAAACCAGCAGAGUGACUUUUACAAGAUUCCUAUUGAGAUUGUGAAUAAAACUUUGCCUGUAGUUGCCAUUACUUUGCUGUCACUGGUAUAUCUGGCUGGUCUCCUGGCUGCUGCUUAUCAGCUUUAUUAUGGCACCAAAUACAGGAGAUUUCCACCCUGGUUGGAGACCUGGUUACAGUGCCGAAAACAACUCGGAUUACUAAGUUUUUUCUUCACUGUCGUCCAUGUUGCCUACAGCCUCUGCCUACCAAUGAGAAGGUCAGAAAGAUACUUGUUUCUCAACAUGGCUUAUCAGCAGGUUCAUGCAAAUAUUGAAAACUCUUGGAAUGAGGAAGAAGUUUGGAGAAUUGAAAUGUACAUCUCUUUUGGCAUAAUGAGCCUUGGCUUACUUUCCCUCCUGGCAGUCACUUCCAUCCCUUCAGUGAGCAAUGCUUUAAACUGGAGGGAAUUCAGUUUUAUUCAGUCUACCCUUGGAUAUGUUGCUCUGCUCAUAAGUACAUUCCAUGUUUUAAUUUAUGGAUGGAAACGAGCUUUUGAAGAAGAGUACUACAGGUUUUACACACCACCAAACUUUGUUCUUGCUCUUGUUUUACCAUCAAUUGUAAUUCUGGGUAAGGUUAUUUUACUCCUUCCAUGCAUAAGUAGAAAGUUAAAAAGAAUUAAGAAAGGCUGGGAAAAAAGCCAGUUUCUAGAAGAAGGUAUUGGAGGAACAAUCCCUCAUCUCUCCCCAGAGAGGGUUACAGUAAUGUAAUGAUAAAUGGUGCUGAUUCCAUAUAAAGCUCUAACUCAUGUCAUUAUUUUUACUACUUCCUGUAUAUUCAGUUGCAAAUGCGCUGUCAAAUUACUCUGGUUGAAACCUAUUAACAUGAGAUUUCAGCCAAAUUAGAGGUAGAAUUUUCUUUAGAUUAAUUUUCAUAAAUGUUAUAUUUUGCCAAAAUAAAUUUUAUA